AUGUACACGAUGAAGCCGAUUCCGGUUCAACAACUGCCGACGCAGCAACAGCAGCAGCAGAUGGCCAUGCCGCGACAACCCAAGAUGACACCGAUCACAGACGACUACGACAUUUCCAACACUGUUCUCGGUCUCGGCAUCAACGGCAAGGUGGUACAGUGCACGAGCAAAUCGGCGGGCCAAAAGUAUGCCCUUAAGGUACUGCACGACAAUGCCAAGGCACGGCGCGAGGUGGAACUACAUUGGCGGGCGAGCGGAUGCCGAAAUAUUGUAAAUAUCAUCGACGUGUACGAGAAUAGCUACAGCGGCAAUCGAUGUUUGCUCGUCGUUAUGGAAUGCAUGGAAGGUGGCGAACUAUUCCAACGAAUUCAGGAACGACAGGAUGGUCCAUUUACGGAACGAGAGGCCGCCCAAGUCAUGCAUGAAAUAUGUGUCGCUGUCAAGUACUUGCACGAUUCCAACAUCGCACACCGUGAUCUCAAGCCGGAAAAUCUGCUCUACACAUCGCCCCACCCGAACGCCAUACUAAAACUGACAGAUUUUGGCUUCUCGAAGGAAACGUUCAUCAAGGACACGCUGCAGACACCGUGCUACACGCCGUACUACGUCGCGCCGGAAGUGCUCGGACCGGAGAAGUACGAUAAGAGCUGUGAUAUUUGGUCGCUGGGCGUUAUCAUGUACAUAUUGUUGUGCGGAUUUCCACCAUUUUACAGCAAUCAGGGGCUUGCCAUCUCACCCGGCAUGAAGGCUCGUAUCCGUACCGGGCAGUACGAUUUCCCAAACCCAGAAUGGAAAAAGGUUAGCCAAGCGGCAAAGGAUCUAAUCAAGGGUAUGCUCAACGUUGAGCCGGAGAAGCGCCUAACUAUCGAACAAGUGAUGAUGAACCCAUGGAUUCGGCGCUAUACGGAGGUGCCUCAAACUCCACUACACACUGGUCGUAUGUUGAAAGAGGGUGAAGAAAUUUGGCCUGAAGUGCAGGAAGAGAUGACCCGUUCGUUGGCGAACAUGCGAGUGGAUUAUGAGAUGCACAUCAAGAAUCUGGAUAGCUCAAACAAUGCACUGCUCAACAAGCGACGGAAGCGCGUCGAGGAGAAACCCCUCCCCAAAGAAUAA